UUUUCGUUUCAGGGCCUGGUUAUUGUCACAGGUUUUCUAUGUAAUUAUGCCAAUUUAAGCUGUAUGCCGUUGCAAAAAUUCAAACUGAUGUCAGUUUAUCGUCAUCGCAUCAAGAAUACUAACUAUUCGUACAUGAAGGUAGAAGUUCAAAGUGGGAUUCCAACUAAAAUAGCAUUUGACGGACUGAAAGAUCAAAAAAACUUAACUGGUAAGAGAGAGUUAUAUUUCGUUAUAAUCUCAUCUGCUUUAUGACAUGUUCGCUCUAUAGAUGAAACCAUGAAAUGUUUCAUUACGGUGGAUCACGGCGGCAAUUCGUAUUCAUGAAUUGAAUUGAUUGCCCCGUCGUAUGAAUUCACUGAGUCAAGCAGAAAAAGGACUAAUAUUCUGCCAACUUUGAAUAUGUUCCCAGUAAUUCAGUUUGGUAUUUCAUAUCAGAUGUUACGACGAGGAAAAGAAAACUAAGAAGGCUUGACGUAGAGUAUUUUUAGAAAAACAACAUCUAGAAAUGGGUGUCAAAUAGGUGUCUUCAUCGAAUUUAUGUUUGUUUUCUGCCACACCGACAGAGUUCCACUUUGAAAACUGUCCCCAUCAGACACAGACCAAUCAAGUCACAUUAGUUACUACAAUACACUGGAAAUCCAAUAUCAACGGGUUAAGAUACUACUUGGCCGUAAGAGCCGGCCAAAUCAGGUUGGAGGUAAGCUUCACAAGGGUUAUUCAUUUGUUAAAAUAUGGCAAGCAUUUCUGAGGGCUGAAUGGGGCGCUCUAAUUGGUUGCUUUGUGAUCAGGAUUUCAUUUUACAGUACACACUGUUGCCAAGGAAACAACCCUUUCAGGCUUAUUUUAAUUUUUACUAUAUUUUUUUUUUUAUUGAUCUCUUUUUUGUCUGGGAAAGUUAAAGAAACACAAGUAAUACAGAUCAGGGUUAUUGCGAUAAUCACCUCAAAAUAAAACUAGGACCUUUUCUCUUGCCGGACUAGUCCUUUGGAACCUGUCCAGACGGGUACUCCCUAUCAUGGCCUAUACAGAGAAGUCCCCCCCCGCCCCCCCCCCAAAAAAAUUACCUCUUUCAUAAAGGGUAGGUAUUUCACUAGCUGAAGGAUAUAAAAUUAAUGAUUUGGAAAUCUGUCAUUAAGUUCUGUAAGAGGACCUUAAAGGGCUCAGCUGACAGACGCUAUUUUUGGUUGUGAAAGAAUCAUAAGAAAAUUUCGUAGUUUAGUGAUAUAAUUCAUAUUUAAAGACAAUGCAUUUACAACAGUAAAAAGGGAUACAAAGUUCUAAACUAGGUGUGUGAAAGGGGUACCAUUUAUCAAUACAAGGUACUGGAAUGGGGUAACGUUUCUGACAAAAAUGACUUAUGAAAGAGUACGGGGUUGGACGGGGGAAACUGAGACAAGUUAGGAGCCCAUAACCCCAAGCGAGAAACUUCCAUGCGUCCGUGUCACGGCAUUUUUACUGACCAGUUUAUUUUUAGGCCGGUUUUGGCGCGUAUUUAAUACCUUAUUAUGGGAAAUUUACGAUGAACGUUGACAACGCGAAGAAGAUUUACGUUACACAAAAUUAACGCGAAUUUUCCAAAAGUUAGGUUUACAUACAUCAAAUUAACGCGAAUGUUUUAAAAAACAAUGUGGCCUUACUUUAUUUUACGCGAUUUGCUACAAUACAAACUUCUCAUCAUACAUCCAGUCAUUGUUAUCUCAUUGUUAUCGAUCAUGUUAUUGCUCCGUAAAUGGAUCUAGAGAGUGAACGCUCCCUUGGACGAAGACCAGUCGAAAGACAUUUUGAACUCAAUUCUUAAAGAAGAACUGUCAGAUAGUGACUCCGAGGCGCUGAUAGAGGAACUAUGAGCAGACGAAGUUUAAUUUGUUAUUGAAAUAUAGGUGCUGUAGAGCAACAAUGGUGUAAAAUAGUGUGAUAUAAACCAGUAGUAGCCGUCGGUUAGGAGAUGGGGGCGAAGAUGUGAUUGAUGAAAACUGCUUUCACAAUUGUGGGAGCCUUUUUUGUUCCAGUGUCAGCAAAAGGAUAUCACUGCCGAUCAUGAAAACUAGACUGGAUUGAACCAGCAAACACAUAUUUAAUUCAACGAUUUUAUUCACAUUUGUUUGGAUACAAGUAAAACCUGAAUACACUUACAUCGAUUUUUAGACUUUGCUAACACUCGUCUCUUACCGAAAACUUGUCCCGCACUAAACUGAGAUCAGGCUGUACUUUCAUUUUCCUGGGUAAAUAGUUCCAGACCGGCAAACAAGCUACGCAAUGCCCUAGACAAAUUGAAAUUUUUUUGUUGUAUUCUUUUGUUUACUACUUCAUCGCCUUGCCGUAAGGAUUAGUUUGCCGUUUCAUAUUUUUCUACAAGUUUAAUUGUACUAAUCCAGGUCUACUGACAACUGGGAGAUCCGGCACCACUCAUUGGUUUUUUGCUGUGGACUUGCUGACAUUUUAUGCAAAUUAAUAUACAUGCCUCGAAAACUAAACACCAACCAUGAAAGCAAUGAGAGAAAUGGAGAACAAGUGUUUAACUUUGAGGAUUUAUAUAAGCUUAAACUGAAGUCAAUUGUAUUAAGCUCAACUCACUCUUUCCGAACACUCGCUUUUCUUCUUGCACCUCUUCUUCUUUCUCGAACUUUUACACAUGCAGCGAUACGCAGCGUCAGCACCAUGAAAAAAGCUGACCUUGCAGCACCGUUUAAAAAGCUGACCAUUCACAUACCAAGCAUAUUAGUUGGACGAACAACGAAAUCUCUAGUAAUAAAGUGCCGCUGACCAAGUCAAGAUUAGGCUCCGGGCUCCUCUUGUUGCCCGCAAUUAACAUCGACGUAAAUUAAGAUGCAUUAACUUAACGCGAUGUUUUAAAAUCGCGUUAAUAAUGAGUGCAUCGAUCGUUAAUUUCCUAUAAUAAGGUGUCUUUUAAAACUGGCAAACCUACAGACCUAAAAAUAAUAUUUUUUGCCUUUUCAGAAUGUUUAGCUUUUCUUUUUGAUAUCUUAUGCUUUGAAUGCCCUCAUAGACAUGGUGGAGAUUCUAUUUUCUAGGGAACUGGGUGUCCUAAAAUGUGUCUAAGAAUAAACUGGUCAGUAAAAACGCGGGGAAAUAGACCUAGUAUAGGAGUUGCCCGCUCCGGCCUAUGGGCUCCUGGACCUGUCUAUCACGAAGACGAAUGUGACCUCUCUGUUUUAUAUUGAAAACCAAUCGGUAAAUAUUACAAUUUAAAGCAUUCUUGCAAAGCCGUUCUAAAAAAAAUUUAUGUUCAUUUUUUACUUUUAUUUUCUAGCAAGUUUCUUCCGUAACAGAUCACCAUCGAUUUUUCGUCCGCGCGGUAUGUCUUACUUGUACUACUUAUAAAAUACGAUCGGUUGCAUCAAACAAGUAUAUCAAGACCGAUUCCUCAGGACAGGCUACGUUAGGAACUAAAGGGGGAAAUCGCAAAGCUUUUUUCCGGAGGCAAUCAUGUUGA